GGAUUGAAGAAUUGAAGUAAGCUGCAUUGAACUAUUUUGUAAUCUGGAUCGUGAGAGCUCAUAGGAGACUUAGAAGGAAGAUUGAGCAUGCAAAAUAUGGUAGCAAGACCAAAAAUCACGUUAUACGUUGAUACAGUUAGUCCGUUUGCUUAUGAGGCUUAUUGGAUUCUUAGGCAUGAUCCUGCAUUCUCGAAAUGCGACGUCGAAUAUGUACCUGUGUUCCUGGGUGGUAUCAUGAAGGAUGUUGGGAAUACUCCACCUAUUAAUGUCAAAAAUAAAGAUAAAUGGAUCGACCGCGAACGUCUGCACUGGGCAUCUCUCUUUAACAUCCCCAUGUCCUCUACAACACCAAUUGGCUUUCCUCACAUGACGCUGAGAGUUCAACGCGCGUUAUGUGUGUUGCCGUUUUUGUUUCCCGAGGAAAACAGAGCUCAAGAUGUUUUGUGCCAUUGUCUGGAUCGUUUUUAUGAAUUGUAUUGGGUGGAGGGGAAGAAUAUUACGGCUCCGGGUUUCUUGGAGGACGUGUUGAAACAUGUGGUGGGAGAGGAAAAGAUGGAGUUGGUAGUGAAAGAGAUUGCGGGGAAGGGUAAAGAGGCGGUGAUGGGAAAUAAUGAGAGAGCGGUUCGGGAAGGAGCUUUUGGAUUACCUUGGAUGGUAUGCACGAAUCCCGCGGGUGAAACGAAGGGAUUCUGGGGCGUGGAUCAUUUAGCACAAGUGGUAGAUUUCUUGGGGCUGGAAAGAACAAAGAAUAGAGCUUGGAAAGCUUUUCUCUGAAUUAACACAAUGCUUGUUUUCAUUAGACUCAGUCCA